AUGGACUCCUCCUUGAUUGAGGUCCAGCGGAAAAUUAUCCUGGACACUGUUCGAUAUACCGCUGAGCGAGAAUGGAAAGUGCUCGUCGUUGAUGCAUUGAGCAAAAAGUUAAUAGAUAAUGCCGUUAAAGAGGAUGACAUCCUCAACGCCAAUGUUACAAAUAUUGAGCAGAUCGAGCACCGGCGCCCUAUGAACCAAGAGACGGAUGCGGUUUAUUUUCUCUCACCAUUGCCGCACAUCGUAGACUCUCUUAUAGCGGACUUGCAACGUCGGCGAUAUAGGAGAGCCUUUCUAGUCUGGACUGCUAGGCUUGAUCCCCAAUUACGAAGCAGAAUCAACGGCUUGAGCAUGGCGCGCGACCUGAUCGCUGAUUUCCGUAUCGUCAACAUUAACUACUUUCCUAGAGAAUCGCAUCUUGUAAUUUUCCGCGAUCCUUGGAGCUUUCCCACCCUCUUCCAUCCGGCAUGCAACAAUCUCGUCCGAGGUCACCUUGAGGAUCUCGCCCAAAGGAUCGUUUCCGUAUGCGUAUCGCUUGGCGAAUAUCCCGUAAUUCGAUACUACCGGCCCAAGGCGCCGACACACGAAGCUAGUGUUCUAUGCUCCCACCUGGCACGUUUUGUCCAGGAUGAGCUGGAUGCUUACGCCAAAUCGCGCGAAGACUUUCCAACGGCGUCGAGACAACGGGGUCUGCUUUAUAUAGUUGACCGAACCUUAGAUCUUGUCGCUCCGCUAGUCCACGAAUUCACGUAUCAGGCCAUGGCUCAUGAUCUCCUUCCAAUCAAAGAAGGAGAAAAGGUUACUUAUGAAACAACCAUUAAUGCCGGAGAGCCAAAUCAGGAAACCAAGGAAUUGGAGAUCUCAGAAAAUGAUAGUAUCUGGGUAGAGAGUCGGCAUUUGCACAUGAAAGACCUCCUCGGGAAGCUAGUGGAUGAUUUCAACCAAUUCAGAGCGAAAAACCCUCAGUUUGCUGACAAUGAUUCGUCUGCAAAUGUGAACACCAUCAGAGACAUGUUGGCCGGACUGUCAAAGUUUCAAGAAGGGAAGAAUUCGUAUACGCUGCACCUUAACAUGGCCGAAGAGUGCAUGCAACUAUUUCAGGACCGCAACCUACCGGAGCUUGCGUCUGUUGAACAGUCACUUGGUACUGGGUUAGACGAAGAUUACCGAAAGCCUAAAAAUCUUGCCGACCAACUUGUUCGCCUUCUGGAUGACGAGCGUGUUCGGCCUCCCGAUCGGUUACGACUAAUAGUCCUUUACCUCUUAUAUCGAGGCGGCCUUCUCGGCGGUGAUAUCAAAAAGCUACUCGCUCACUCACAGCUGCCACCCCAGGAUGGGGAAGUCAUCUACAAUUUUGAUUUAUUAGGGGCACGGGUUGAAAAACCACUCAGCGAUACUAAGCCACCCAAUCAGCCACUAUUUGCCCGAAAGCCGCCUGCUCAGAUUAACGAAGAUGACACGAGCUUAUCAAGAUUCGAACCUAACUUGAAGUUGAUGUUACAAGAACAAAUACGGGGCACUUUGGAUACUUCAGUGUUUCCAUCAACCCGCCCUCACGCGGAUGGGGACGAUGUCAUGAGUCAAGAUAACGUUUCUCAAGCUUCUCUUAGGAGCGCAAAACCUACCUGGGCUCGAAUCCGUCCUUCAGCGGCGGAACCUCGUCAAAAAAUCAUUGUUUUCAUGGCUGGUGGAGCCACGUACUCCGAAGCUCGCUCCUGCUACGAACUAUCCCAGAAUCACAACAAAGAUAUAUACCUCGUCACAUCACACAUGCUUACUCCUGGCCUCUUCCUACGCCAAGUUGGCGAUCUAAGUGUUGACAAGCGACGGCUUAACCUCCCCGCCGACCAACCGAAACCUCAGGCCCCUCGACAUCUAUUUGAGAGAGAGCCGUCGCCCAAACCACAGGUGCAGCCGCAGCCGCAGCCGCAGCCACUGACAGCGUCGAAGUCUCUAGCACCUCCCACUUCUGGCCUUGCUGCUAUGACAAUGAGUUCCCAGGACGACCCGCGAAGAGUAAAAUCCCUGGGUGAAUCUGCUCCGCCCCGACCACAACCCAUGUUGUCAAAAAGCGAACAGAAGCUUAGCAAAAAGGACAAGGACAAGAAGGAUAAAGAGAAGAAGAAACGUUUCUUCAAAUAG